UGCCGGUUAUUUUGGUAGAAUUCGUAACUUUAUGCUGACAACACUGGCAGAGUGCCAUCGCACCACGACUCGCAGCUCCAUUCGUGUGAGUUCGUCGCUUCCGUUGGACGGACCUUGCGCGGCGUAAGCGGGUGUGUGCGAAAGUAUGAAGUGAAAUCGUACCCAAAGUGUGUGAAAUGUUUAGUGGUAGUUUUUACUGUGUUAAAUUUGUGCGAACAAAAUGAGUGCAAACGGAUAGUCGACUUUCUUACUUCCCGGAUUUACAAACAUUGGACGGUAGUGGAACACGUAACAUUUUGUAGAAACGGAUUCAAAAUGGCUGUGUUUUGAUGGACCCUUUGUCCGAUUCGUGUGUUUCUUUCAGCAUGGUAGUGGGAUCCUACAGUCAGAAAUUUGACUUAGAGAGGGAAUGCAUGUCAUGUACCCGGACCCGACGCACUAUCGCAAUCAGCCAGCCAGCCAGCCCUCAUACCAGCCGGCCGUGUCGCCGGCCCGCCACCAGCCUAAGAAGCGCCGCGCGCUGAGCCCAGUCUCGCGACACGCGGGUCCCGAUAACACUGGCUACAAGAGCAAGUGUUGGUCAGGCGUAGGGCCGGUCUGCUGCGCCGCGCCCGCCGCGCCGAGUCGCGCGUGCGAUGCUGAGCGGUCCCCUCCGCCCGCGCUGCCUCCCGCUCCGCCCGUGCUCUGCGCACGACCGUGCUGUCGCGACGCGCCUGUCGGCGACCCCAGCGACCAGCGUCGCGCCCCGCCGGCCGCCGGCGCGGCCGCUCGCCACAAGACGGCGCCCCAGGCAACGACGACGGCCCACAGCAAGACAGCGGCGGGCGGGGCCAACCACCCGCCCCAGCCGCAAGGUAACAAACGCUCUGGUUGCGGCGGCGAUGGCGACUACCAGCUGGUGCAGCAUGAGGUGCUCUACUCCUCGUCCAAUAGGUACGAGGUGUUGGAGUUCCUCGGGCGAGGCACGUUCGGGCAGGUGGUGAAGUGCUGGAAGAAGGGCACCAACGAGAUAGUCGCCAUCAAGAUCCUCAAGAACCACCCCAGCUAUGCUCGCCAAGGACAAAUUGAGGUGUCGAUCCUCUCCCGGCUCUCUCAAGAGUCCGCGGACGAGUUCAACUUCGUCCGCGCGUACGAGUGUUUCCAGCACCGCUCGCACACGUGCCUCGUGUUCGAGAUGCUAGAACAGAACCUGUACGACUUCCUCAAGCAGAACAAGUUCAGCCCGCUGCCGCUCAAGUACAUCCGACCCAUACUGCAGCAGGUGCUCACGGCGCUGCUCAAGCUAAAGCAACUAGGGUUGAUCCACGCGGACCUGAAGCCGGAGAACAUCAUGCUGGUGGAGCCGGCGCGGCAGCCCUACAGGGUCAAGGUCAUCGACUUUGGCAGCGCCUCGCACGUCAGCAAGGCAGUCUGCAACACCUACCUGCAGAGUCGAUACUACAGAGCUCCCGAGAUCAUCCUGGGCCUAGCGUUCUGCGAAGCGAUCGACAUGUGGUCGCUCGGCUGCGUGGUGGCAGAACUGUUCCUUGGCUGGCCGCUGUACCCCGGCUCCUCGGAGUACGACCAGAUCCGGUACAUCUCGCAGACGCAGGGCCUGCCCACCGAGCACAUGCUGAACAGUGCGUCAAAAACGGCCAAGUUCUUCUACCGCGACGUGGACAGCACGUACCCGUUCUGGCGGCUGAAGACGCCCGAGGAGCACGAGCUGGAGACCGGCAUCAAGAGCAAGGAGGCCAGGAAGUACAUCUUCAACUGCCUCGACGACAUCGGACAGGUUAAUGUGCCAACGGAUCUAGAAGGCGGCCAACUCUUGGCCGAGAAGGCGGACAGAAGGGAAUUCAUAGAUUUACUCAAGAGAAUGCUCACUAUGGAUCAGGAACGAAGGAUCACCCCGGGCGAGGCGCUGAACCACGCCUUCGUGACACUCGCACACCUUGUGGACUACGCGCACUGCAACAACGUCAAGGCGUCCGUGCAAAUGAUGGAGGUGUGCCGGCGGUCGGGCAGCGGGCCGGGCGGGGUGGGGGUGGGGGUGGGGGGGGAGUACGUGGGGGGCGUGGUGGCGCCCGCCGCCGCGCCCUCCGCGCACCACCUGGCGCUCACCAUCAACCAGCAGCGCCUGCCGCCGCAGCCCUACGACAACCUGUACCAGCUAUAUCAAGGUGGCCGCGUGGCGGUAAGCGGUGCGCGACAAUAUGCGACGCGAGCUGCGGAACCCUUCCCGCACCAGUUUGUGUCAUCCAUCCUGUGUCCCCCCGCCUAUCAGGUGCAGCAACUAGCAGCGGCGGCGGCAGCAGCGGCCGCAGCACACCACCAGCACGGCGUGGGCGGCGUGGGCGUGGGCGUGGGCGGCGUGGGCGACGUGGGCGAGUGGCGCGCGCCGCUCAUCGUGGAGCCCGCGCCGCUGCCCGAGCCCGACGUGUGGGACUUCCACCCCCACCAUCUGCACCACCAUCCGCACAAGAGAUCGACAAAGCAGCAGACGAGCGCGGUGGCCCACUACCAGCCGCAUCACCAAACACACCAAUACAGUAUGGCGAGCAGUGGGGGCAAGAAGGAGCCGACUCAGCUGUCGCCCGUGAAGAAGCGAGUGAAGGAGGGCACGCCGCCCUCGCGGCACAACAGGCAUACGCACGAACAGAACACUGGGGGCAAGGAGCCGACUCAGCUGUCGCCCGUGAAGAAGCGAGUGAAGGAGGGCACGCCGCCCUCGCGGCACAACAGGCAUACGCACGAACAGAACACUGGGGGCAAGGAGCCGACUCAGCUGUCGCCCGUGAAGAAGCGAGUGAAGGAGGGCACGCCGCCCUCGCGGCACAACAGGCAUACGCACGAACAGAACACUGGGGGCAAGGAGCCGACUCAGCUGUCGCCCGUGAAGAAGCGAGUGAAGGAGGGCACGCCGCCCUCGCGGCACAACAGGCAUACGCACGAACAGAACACUGGGGGCAAGGAGCCGACUCAGCUGUCGCCCGUGAAGAAGCGAGUGAAGGAGGGCACGCCGCCCUCGCGGCACAACAGGCAUACGCACGAACAGAACACUGGGGGCAAGGAGCCGACUCAGCUGUCGCCCGUGAAGAAGCGAGUGAAGGAGGGCACGCCGCCCUCGCGGCACAACAGGCAUACGCACGAACAGAACACUGGGGGCAAGGAGCCGACUCAGCUGUCGCCCGUGAAGAAGCGAGUGAAGGAGGGCACGCCGCCCUCGCGGCACAACAGGCAUACGCACGAACAGAACACUGGGGGCAAGGAGCCGACUCAGCUGUCGCCCGUGAAGAAGCGAGUGAAGGAGGGCACGCCGCCCUCGCGGCACAACAGGCAUACGCACGAACAGAACACUGGGGGCAAGGAGCCGACUCAGCUGUCGCCCGUGAAGAAGCGAGUGAAGGAGGGCACGCCGCCCUCGCGGCACAACAGGCAUACGCACGAACAGAACACUGGGGGCAAGGAGCCGACUCAGCUGUCGCCCGUGAAGAAGCGAGUGAAGGAGGGCACGCCGCCCUCGCGGCACAACAGGCAUACGCACGAACAGAACACAAGCAACAUCGGCGGCGGGCGAGCGUCUUGGGGCUCGGGCGGCGCUGGCGCGACCGCGGGCCCGGCGGCGGCGGCGGCGACGGGCGCGGCGCACACCAUCACCAUCCGCGACACGCCGUCGCCCGCCGUGUCCGUCAUCACCAUCUCCGACGACGACGACGACGACGGAAACGGCGCGCACAAGCCCGCGCCCGCGCCCGUCACACACAACAGAGUUUUGUUAUUUAUAGCGGGCGGCAGCGGGCAUUGUGCCCCCACGGCGGCGGCGCCUGGCGUCAUCUGCAGCGCGCGCUCGCCGCGGGACGACCCGCACGUCAAGCCCGAGCCGCAGCCCUGCCACCACCAUCACACGCAACCGUCAGCCCCGGCGGCGCGCGCGCAGGUCACUCCGCAGAGCCAGAAGAAGCGGCUGCUGGCGCUCGCGCAGCAGGAGGCGCACAAGCACGACCCGCCGCCGGCCGACCACCACCAUUACCAGCAGACUGGUACGGCCGUCCGGCCCACGAACGAGUACCAGUGCAACCAGUACGUGCCGACGCAGCACAACAAGAGGGAUAGUACGGGCGGCUGCCGCGAGUACCCUCACGGCGCGGCGGCGGCGGCGGGCGCGCCGCCCGCGCACAAGCAGCACGCGCACGCGCCGCACGCCGCGCACCACGCCGCGCACGCCUGGCACCACCACCCGCACAACCACUACAAGUCAGUAUACAACACUGUACCCCUGCGAGUACCCGCGCACAAGCAGCACGCGCACGCGCCGCACGCCGCGCACCACGCCGCGCACGCCUGGCACCACCACCCGCACAACCACUACAAGUCAGUAUACAACACUGUACCCCUGCGAGUACCCGCGCACAAGCAGCACGCGCACGCGCCGCACGCCGCGCACCACGCCGCGCACGCCUGGCACCACCACCCGCACAACCACUACAAGUCAGUAUACAACACUGUACCCCUGCGAGUACCCGCGCACAAGCAGCACGCGCACGCGCCGCACGCCGCGCACCACGCCGCGCACGCCUGGCACCACCACCCGCACAACCACUACAAGUCAGUAUACAACACUGUACCCCUGCGAGUACCCGCGCACAAGCAGCACGCGCACGCGCCGCACGCCGCGCACCACGCCGCGCACGCCUGGCACCACCACCCGCACAACCACUACAAGUCAGUAUACAACACUGUACCCCUGCGAGUACCCGCGCACAAGCAGCACGCGCACGCGCCGCACGCCGCGCACCACGCCGCGCACGCCUGGCACCACCACCCGCACAACCACUACAAGUCAGUAUACAACACUGUACCCCUGCGAGUACCCGCGCACAAGCAGCACGCGCACGCGCCGCACGCCGCGCACCACGCCGCGCACGCCUGGCACCACCACCCGCACAACCACUACAAGUCAGUAUACAACACUGUACCCCUGCGAGUACCCGCGCACAAGCAGCACGCGCACGCGCCGCACGCCGCGCACCACGCCGCGCACGCCUGGCACCACCACCCGCACAACCACUACAAGUCAGUAUACAACACUGUACCCCUGCGAGUACCCGCGCACAAGCAGCACGCGCACGCGCCGCACGCCGCGCACCACGCCGCGCACGCCUGGCACCACCACCCGCACAACCACUACAAAACUGGUAGCGGAGGCGUUCUGUCGCCGGCGGGAGGGGUGUCUCCCGGAUACUUACCACCGCCGUUAUACGUGCCCACCUAUCACUAUCACACCGGCGGCGUGGGCGUGGGCGUGCCGGGCGGCGUGGGCGUGGGCGUGGGCGCGGUGGCGGGCGUGCCGCCGCCCGCGCACCACGCCAGCGCGCGCCUGCCCGCCUACCUGCAGCCCUACUCGCCCACAUACCUCGUGCCGCAGCACCCCAACCAGCACCUCUGGUACACCGACUGAGCGCUCCC